CUAUAGAGUGAUUUCUAGCUUCAAGUGGAAGACAUGGCCACCUCCUGAUUAUUUUUGCAGCGGGAAACUUUGAAAUAUUUUUCAUCUUUUUCUCCCAUACUAAGAUUGUGUAUGACAGCAAGGGAGUCCCUUGACUAACUCGAGUCAUUUCAUUGGAUUUUGAUUACAACUGAUCAUGUGAUUUCUUUUUCCAUGUAAAGUUUUGGGGCUUCAAACUUUGCUUCUGGAGAAUGCCUUUUGCAACACUUUUCAGUAGCUGCCUGGAAACCACUGCUUAGUCAUCAGUAGACAUUUAAAAUAUUCAAAAUGUAUGGAGAAUGGGCAGUUGUGAAUAUUUUCAUGAUGUUCUACAUGUGCCUGGUGCAGGGCUUCAAUAGUCAACACGGAGCAGUGAAGGAUUUUUCUUUUGAGCGAUCAUCCCGGUCCGUGUUGGAACGUUCUGAACAACAGAUCCGAGCAGCUUCUAGUUUGGAGGAGUUGCUGCAAAUCGCGCACUCUGAGGACUGGAAGCUGUGGCGAUGCCGGUUGAAGCUCAAAAGUCUUGCCAGUAUGGACUCUCGCUCAACAUCCCAUCGCUCCACCAGAUUUGCGGCAACAUUCUAUGACACUGAAACACUAAAAGUUAUAGAUGAAGAAUGGCAGAGGACCCAAUGCAGCCCUAGAGAAACAUGCGUAGAAGUCGCUAGUGAGCUGGGGAAGACAACCAACACAUUCUUCAAGCCCCCCUGUGUAAAUGUCUUCCGGUGUGGAGGCUGCUGCAACGAAGAGAGUGUGAUGUGUAUGAACACAAGCACCUCCUACAUCUCCAAACAGCUCUUUGAGAUAUCAGUGCCUCUGACAUCAGUGCCCGAGUUAGUGCCUGUUAAAAUUGCCAACCAUACGGGUUGCAAGUGCUUGCCCACGGGGCCCCGCCAUCCUUACUCAAUUAUCAGAAGAUCCAUUGAGAUCCCAGAAGAAGAUCAAUGUCCUCAUUCCAAGAAACUCUGUCCUAUUGACAUGCUGUGGGAUAACACCAAAUGUAAAUGUGUUUUACAAGAUGAGAAUCCACUGCCUGAGACAGAAGAGCACUCUUACCUCCAGGAACCAGCUCUCUGUGGACCACACAUGACAUUUGAUGAAGAUCGCUGUGAGUGCGUCUGUAAAGCACCAUGUCCUGGCGGCCUCAUUCAGCACCCAGAAAACUGCAGUUGCUUUGAAUGCAAAGAAAAUCUGGAGAGCUGCUGCCAAAAGCACAAGAUUUUUCACCCAGACACCUGCAGGUCAAUGGUCUUUUCACUUUCCCCUUAACUUGGUUUACUGGUGACAUUUAAAGGACAUAUUAAGCUAAUUUGUUGGGGCUCUUUUCUCUCAUUGCCCAAGCACACUCUUACAAAAAAAAAAAAAAGGAACACAAACAUUUGGCAUCUAAGAAAUAUGUGGAAGUAUAUAAAGUGAUGAUUAAAUUGUUUUGUUGUUUCAAAACAGGGUCUCAGGAAUUACAGACCUGUACUGCCAUGCCUGCCAUUACGCUAUCAUGAGCGAAAAAGAAGCCACUGACAUUUAAACAGGGUUAAGGGAGGUUCGGCGCUCUCUCUCUUUCUCUCUCUCUCUCUCUCUCUCUCUCUCUCUCUCUCUCUCUCUCUCUCUCUCUCUCUCGGCAAGAAACUUAAGAAUGACUACAACCCUUGGAGGCCAUUGAUUACGUUUUGAUCAAUUUCAAAGUCUACCCAAACUAACUACCAAGAUUUUUAAAAAUUAAUUAAAUUUGUUCUUUGACAAUUUCAUACACAUAUAAAAUGCAUUCUAAUUACCUUUACCCCUACACUCUCAACUCCAGCCUAUUCCUGACAACUCAUUUCCUUCUUACUCGUCUUUCCCAUUCUCAAAUCUCUUUGUUUUUUGUUUUGUUUUGUUUUUUGUGACCCAAUAAAUGCAGUCAGAGCCAUUUGUGUGAGCACAGGUUUGGAACUAUAUGUCAGAGCUUGUUUGGCUCACCCACCAAUAGGACCAAAACUGAAGACAGUGAUUCCAGAUUCUCCAGUAGCCUACAGCCCAUUACCCCCACCUCCGAUGAGUCCCUUCUAAAUGCAUAAUUGAUAGUUGAGAGUUUGGCCUCCUGUAAGUCUAGGGAAGAUCAUCACAGCUGUGUGAGUCCCUGCUUGCAAAGUCUACAUCAUGCCUAGAAGAUAGUGUUUCCUAGCCCUUCUCUCUGUCUUCUGAUUCUUACAUUUUCCCCAGUCCCUCUUCUGCUGUGCCAGGCUCACAGGAGGUGGUAUCAACAUCUUUGUUAGGGAUGAAUCCUCAGCCAGUGGAGUGCCCAUGUAGAAUAGUACAUUGAUACCUUAAGUCCAUGUCUGGAAAUUUUUCUUUGCGAACAAUUAAAUGAAAUCCGAGCCAAA